AUGCGCUAUUUUCUGCUCCUCCUGCUGCUCGUGGCGAUUUGCGAUGCCGGGUGCCAAGACAAAUGCCGCUUGAAUGCCGACUGCCCGCCGUCUCUAUUUUGCAGUUCGAUACAUGGCUGUAAGAAGUGUGCGCCUCUUAAUGCGAAGCGCUGCGGCAAGAAUUCGGACUGCGUGCUGAUCUUUGCCGCAUUGUUCACCGUUGCCGUGGUUGCUGAUCAGUGCUCCCAAGACUGCCAACACAACGAGGAUUGCCCGAUUCUCCAGUACUGCUCCGGAGUCAAAUGUCGCACUUGCGAGAAGCUCCUGCAAGACAAUCGCUGCGGAAAAGACACGGACUGUGGCGUGAAAAAAGUGUGCGUCAACGGACCGUACAAGGAGGAGCAGAAGAAAUAUGGACUUGGUGUUUGUGUGCCGAAA